UCAAAUGAACAGGGAGUGACUCAAUAUAUUGUCAGGCCCUGCCACACGCUGUCGGUGUCUUCACCUGUGCUCUCAGUCUGACUGGCAAGUUGUUUGGCUGCCUCCAAACUAGGAUAUACACUUCAGGAUUCAGGAUCAGCUGUGGUUUGGCAGGAGGGUCUGAACUCCAAAGCAGGACGGAUGAAAGAAGAAGGGGAAACCCACGUAGCCAAGAUAUCAGAUGUCCAUCAUCCUCUCAGGUCUUAUCCAUCUCUUUCGGCCAUUGCUGUCCUCCCUCUCCGGUGCACUCGACUGCGAGGGCUUGAACCCAUGGUACUUCCUGCUGGGCCUCCGCAUCAUGGCCAUCUUCUUCGCCAACGGCCCCUGGGACAAGAUCAAAGACGACACCAGCUGCAGUAUCACCGAGGGCGACGGCGACCUGUCGCGAGACUACUGCACAGCCCUGUGCUACAACGAACAUUUUCCUGUCUCUAUCGCAGCAACAUGGGGGCUGGUAUUCAUCGCGUUGAUCCUUCUCGUAGGGCUCCUGCGGCUCACCACCCCCAAGGAGAAGAAGAAGAAGAGGAGGAGAGAGAAAGAGGAUAGGGAUAAAGGGGAAGGCUUGGCCAUUGUUGCCACAGCAUCCCACAGUGGUGUCCCUGACAUAUCCACCAUCUACAACGUUGGGCACCGUGGUCUCCCUAGGCACUAUGGCCACGACUUCCACCCCAAUAACCCCCUUGCCCCCCAUCCUUACUAUACCCCCUGGGAUGAUUGGCACGGGGGGCAUGCGGCCCCCAUGGCCGAAGGGUAUGGCCCCGAAGGGUAUGGCCCCGAAGGGUAUGGCCCCAGUGUGAGCUAUGGUCCAACGGACACUAGGCAAACCAAGAUGGCCGCACAUCAAGGUCACAUGAGGCAAACCACUACGGCAUCCUAUUGCGGCGAAAAGGAGCAGUGCCAUGUGGCCACCAAGAGCACCCCGGCCUCCCUUAGCAGCUCACCUUACAAAGGCAAAAUGCCCCCUCAGUGUUGGUCAGGUGACGAGCACAGAGAGCCCCUCCAUUGGAGAUACGCCGACCCUCAAGAAUCGGGUGGUUUGGCUAAUGACGGGUAUGCUAUGGGCACACCUAAGAGAUACAUCGGCCAAGGUAUCCGUGAUGAUGGCAAAUACAGCACGGCCACCAAAUGCAAGUCAGACACUGAAGGCAACAUGGGCUACGUCCCUGCCCGUCCCUGCGUAGAAGACAAAGCAAACAUGGCCAUCAAACGCAGGCCGGCUCAGGGGUGUAAGGUGCACGUCCAGCGCCACGUAACCUUUGACGCCACAGGCAGGAGUGAUGGGGACUUUGGAAGCAACAUGUGCAACCAGCCGUGGAUGGUUGGAGACUCCCACUGCAAGCCUGUUGGCCAGGCAAAGGUCAUGUCUGGACCAGGCAUGGCUGCCGGACCGAUGCUGUGUUACCAUGGAGACACGGCCUGCACGAGCUCCGAGGCUGAGCCAUGUCAUGCGGCCCCGCCGUGUGAAACUGCCCACCACCACGACCGACGCAGAGAAUCUUCUUCUAGGCGGAAGAAGAGGCCCAGGAUCACUAACAUCUGUGGUGUCCCCCUCUUUGAUAUCUGGGUGGGACUUAUCCUUGCCUUGGAGAUCUCUUUCCUCUGUGUCAUUUUCAUCUUCCAGAUGCCCAGGCUCUUGGGUGCGAAUUGGGUAUGCACCCCGCCAACUACCAGGUGCCAGCAGAGGAUUGAGUGCACAGUGAGAGGCAGGGCUGAGAAGCGGGUGGCGCUGUGGGGGCUGGUCUUCACCUCCAUCCUUUUCAUCAUCACCUGCUCCGGCUACUUCCACCUGCGGAUGUGCUGGAACGAGAGCUGCCAGAGAAUGUGUGGGGAGAAGGAAGAGGAAAGCCACGAAGAAGUGUGCUCUGAGGAGACGGAGGAGAAGGAUGAUGACAACAGCAACAGAGGUCGUGAAGUGGGGGUAUGAGAAGGGUGGCGAGAGGCCCAGACAACCACGUCAAGCCUCGGGUCACAGGCUCACAUCAGGACUGAAUGUUCCUCCAUACAAAAAGAAGUCCCCUCUCAGGAAAAAUCCUAAGGAGGAUUCUGGGAACUGUUGUUUGUUGAAGGUGCUAAGGGUUGUUGGGAGGCCUGUAUUCCCACCCCAAAGCUACGAUUCCCAGAGUUCCCAGUGAAGAGGGAUUGGUUGUUAACCUGCUCUGGAAAAUUGCAGCUAUGAGUGGGGAAUGCGGAGGGUCUCCUACCAACUCUCAGCAUCCUUAACAAACUACAGCUCCCAUAGUUCUUUUGGGGGAAGCCAUGACUGUUUAGUGGUAUCACAAUCCUUUAAAAGUAAGGUGUGAGUACAGCCUCAUUCCGGUGAAUUCCAACGUGCCACCCUGAAACUGCAAAGUCUGGAAUUUUGUCACUUCUACAUUAACUUAAAAGUCUCCUUUUUCCUAUUCCAGGCCUUGUUCUCUCUGAGGUUGUCAAGGUGUGUCUGGGGGAACAGCGCAUGCAGCAGCCUGAAGUUUAGACUGUAGAUGGUGGGGUC